UGUAAAAGCUUUGAGUUUCAAAGAGAACAGUGAGACACCUGCAGUUGCACCGAGACACAGGACAGGUUACUUUGUCAGUACCAAUACACAUACACAGCUGUAGGCAUCAUGAAUUAAGCACUGGAAGCCUUUUCGACCUUGCUGUUGACUCAUCCAAAGCUGACACGGUGGAUAAAGGAUGACUAACAUCUCACAAUAUCUUGUUAAUCACCUGCUGACGUUCUCACUCCAGGACGGGGAUGUGCAGAGUGUGGAGGAAGCCCGCUCACGCCUCUCCUUCCUGGCUCAGAACAAAAAGCUGUGGAGUCAACAGAUGUUCCUGGACGUCGGAGCAGAGGCCAUUCAGCUGCGAGACAUACAGAGCAAGGAUGAGCUGGAGAACUACUCCUUCAAAUCUAUCUACCGAUGUGAUGCCAUAAACACAGUGAAACCCUUCCAGUCCCUCCUGAUGUUAAUCUGCCAAGGUGAAGAUCAGAAGAAGCCCGACAUUCUAUUCUUCCACUGCGAGACUGUGCCGGCAGAGGAGAUCUGUGACAACAUCAAGCGGAGGGUUUCGGGUUCCUCCAGCAGCAGGACUCAGAAGAUCGCAGAGGCCUCCAGGCUUCCUCAGGCUGGAGGAGAGAUGAUCGACCCUUACGGAAUUCCAAGUCCCCCCAUCGCACAGGCUCCAAAUGCCCCGCCAUCAAACCCUCCACCUUACCCUGGACCCAGAGCAUCAAACGCUGUGAGCGGUGGGCCUGAUCUCUCUUUCCUACGAGCAGAGCGAGAAGUGGCUAUCCUCAACCACUGCUUCGACGACAUCGAGAGCUUCAUGGGCAAGCUGCAGCAGACGGCCGAUGCUGCGACGGUGCUGAGCCAGAGGAAGAAGAAAAAGAAGAAAAGUAAAAAGCAAACUGCAGAAGAAGACUUACUCACUAUGAAGGCCCGCCCCCCACCAGAGGAGGAAUUCAUUGAUAUCUUCCAGAAAUUCAAAUAUUGCUUCAGCCUACUGGCCCGUCUGAAAUCAACCAUCGCCAGUCCUUCAUCAGAGGAGCUUGUUCACCAUGUAUUCAAACCUUUGGACAUGAUGGUGAAAACAACCGGAGGACCAGCUCUGGGAGCCUCACUGUCCAGCCCCGCCAUGACGAGCUCCGCUGUGUCCCUGCUAGACGACAACCUGAACGACGAGGAGAGGCAGCUGUGGAGGUCUCUGGGUCCAAACUGGACACACUCUCGCUCUCAGAUCCGGGGGCCUGUAGCUCCAUACACCCCUGUGUUCUUGGACGGUUGGAAACCAGAAGCCUUGAGAGCAGACGGGCAGGUUUGGGAAGAUCCUGUGGAGUCACAGCACAAACAUGAAGCCCUCCGAGUACAACAAGAGCUGGUUGGUCCUCCAGACAGCCACGUCGGCGAUGAAACAGACGCCAGCACACUCCCGCAAGAUCCCGAAAGACUCUACAGCUGCAGUUAUGACUUCAUAGCCAGGAACAGCAGCGAGCUUUCAGUGCAGCAGGGGGAGACACUUGAGGUGGUUGAAUCAUCCAAGCGCUGGUGGAAGUGUCGUAAUCGGUUCAGCCAGAUAGGCUUUGUCCCCUUCAACAUCCUGGAGCCCAUAACUCACAUAGACAGCCCGGUCACCAACAAACCCCCCAGUGCUCCCGCCCCGCCUCCCCUCGCCAAGACUUUUUCUGUAGUCCUACCCAGCCCUCCUGCUCUGCCCCAGGCACCCACCCACUCCCCACAGCGCCCACGCAGCUUACCACCAUACAACCAGCAAAUGUCAGCCGCAGAGGACUCGGAUAAAGUCAUGUUGGUGAACGACGAGCUGCUCCAGAGGCUGACCAACGGGAAGACGAACCUACAUAAACCUCUGGUCAUCCCUCGCUCCUCAGAGACAUCCGUUCCUCUGGACUUCCACUCUCCUCCAGAGGAAGUGGCCGAGUGGCUCAGAGGGAAAGGCUUCAGUGAACCGACGGUGUCAUGUCUGGGAGUGCUGACGGGCGCCCAGCUCUUCUCCCUCAACAAGGAGGAGUUACGGGCUGUGAUUCCAGACGAGGGUGCCAGAGUCUACAGUCAGCUCAAUGUGCAGAAAGCACUGCUGGAGGAUGCCAGACGGGCCACAGAGUUGGAGACAGUCAUGGAGAAACAGAAGAUGAAGGUCGAUCUGAAGCUGGAGAGCAGCACACUGUGAGCAGCAGGGGGCAACAUCAUGAAGAGUUUCAGAUCAAGGAUUGUGUUCACAUAGCACAAUGGUGGAAAUUGCGCCUUGUUAAAUUAUAGUUACCAGAGACCAGAAGUGUAACAGUCCCUUGAUGAUCAAAGAUUGUCUACGAAAAAAUGCAUCAUGCUCGAACCUAAUUACUUUAAGAGAUUAAUACAAGCAGGUGCUGUGGAAAAAUUAAUAUUUUAACAUUAAAGUACAUCAUUUUUAAAUUA